AUGAAUACCGUUUAUUCGAGUCCGCACAGUAGCAGUUCCAGACUAUCACUGAGGAAUAAACACCACUCGCCCAAGAGGCAUUCACAGACAAGCUUCCCCGCACAAAAGACUACGCCGCAAUCACAACAACUGGCAUCACCACAAUAUCAACAAGAAUCCAAUGAGAGGCCGGAAUCACAACAAGUAAUGUUUCUCAGCGAACCGUUCGUAAGAACAGCUUUAGUGAAAGGUUCAUUCAAGACAAUAGUACAACUACCCAAAUAUGUGGACUUGGGAGAGUGGAUAGCGUUGAACGUUUUCGAAUUCUUCACAAACUUGAACCAGUUUUACGGUGUAGUGGCGGAAUACGUAACGCCAGAUGCAUAUCCAACAAUGAAUGCCGGUCCUCACACAGAUUAUUUAUGGUUGGAUGCCAAUAAUAGACAAGUUUCACUACCGGCUAGUCAAUACAUAGAUUUGGCACUCACGUGGAUAAAUAAUAAAGUCAACGAUAAAAACCUCUUUCCGACCAAGAAUGGGUUACCGUUCCCGCAACAAUUUUCUAGAGACGUACAAAGAAUUAUGGUGCAAAUGUUUAGAAUAUUUGCACAUAUUUAUCACCACCAUUUCGACAAAAUUGUACACCUAUCGCUAGAAGCCCAUUGGAACUCAUUUUUUUCCCAUUUCAUUAGUUUUGCCAAAGAGUUUAAAAUCAUUGAUAGGAAGGAAAUGACUCCACUUUUACCGUUAAUCGAAAGUUUUGAAAAGCAAGGCAAAAUCAUAUAUAAUUAA